CAGGGCCAGGUGUGGUUUGUGGGGAGACGGGUUGCGGAAGCCAUGUCCGGGAGGAAAGUUAUGCAAUUUGUUUGUAACAAGAUGGCUUCUUACUGGGUCUGCCUACUGGCACUGCUCAGUGGACGAGUGCUUGUGACAAGAUCCUUCUUGGUGACAACUGAUUCUUCAGAGGUUAAAGUGCCGCUUGGAGAAGCCGCAGACCUUUACUGUCGCUACUCAGCGGAUUUUGGCGACCCACGGGUGGAAUGGAAAUUCCGGGACCUCCAGGACUCACAGGCAUUCGUGUAUUACAACAAACAGAUCACCAAGAACUAUCAGGGCCGUGUGGACUUCUCGUCAUCCACUCUCCACUUCAAGGAAACCCGGGUGACGGACAGCGGUGAAUACAUUUGUGAUGUGAACACGCUUGAUGGCUCCCAUUCUGACUCUGUCACCAUCACACUCGUGGUAGAGGUACGCCCGGCAGUCCCCACAGCCAGGGUGCCCACCUCGGUGACGACGGGUAGCACGGCAGAGCUGAAGUGCUCGGAGAGCCAGGGCUACCCACGGCCCUCCUACCGCUGGUAUCGAGACCAGGUGUUGAUGCCGGAGAGCCCAGCCGCCAGCCCCACCUUCCGCAACUCCUCCUACAUCAUGCAGUCCAAGAUGGGCUUGUUGACCUUUAAGCCAGUGAGUAAGUCUGAUGCUGGGGAGUACGUGUGUGAGGCCAAUAACAAUGUCGGUGAGCCAGUGAAGAGCAGCCCGCCCAUUCGCAUGGAAGUGUAUGACAGCAACGUGGGCGGGAUUGUGGCCGGGGUGAUCGUAGCCCUCCUCAUUGUUGCCUUCCUCGGGAUUGGCAUCUGGUUUGCCUACCGCAAGGGAUACUUGGGGCAAAGAGCCAGGUAAGGCACACAGUUAUCACCCCUCCCCAUCUUUGUAAACCCCAUUCCCACAUCCCCUACACCCCUCGUCUCUGUAACCCACUCCAGCCCCUACACCUUUCCCUAUUUCUGUAACACCCUCUGGCCCCUACACCCCUCGUCUCUGUAACCCUACACCCUUCCCUGUCUCUGUGACCCCCCACACCCCUCCCUGUCUCUGUGACCCCCCCACACCCCUCCCUGUCUCUGUAACCCCCCCCCACACCCCUCCCUGUCUCUGUAACAUGCUCCCUCUCAUAGUGACAAUGUUCUCUCCUCCAGUGACAAACCAAAAGUGAUCUACAGCCAGUCAGCUAUGGCAGAACCAGCAGAUGAUGGUGACUUCAGACAAAAAUCUUCGUUUGUUGUUUGAAUCACUUGUGGAUUCCUCUGAAACUUCAUGACAGUGAACUGAUGAUACUUUUCACUGACAGCAGUGCGGAUUUUGUAUUUUAAUAUGUUGUGUUGAUUGGGAUCAUCUGUUUCUCUGCUUUUAUGUACAAGGGGACACUGUGGAGAACACCACUACCAUAACCUGUGCCCUGGGAGUGUGUGAUGGGACAGUGUAGAGGGAGUUUCACUCUGUGUCUGACCCGUGUCCUGGGAGUGUGUGAUGGGACAGUGUAGAGUGAGCUUCACUCUGUGUCUGACCCAUGCCCUGGGAGUGUGUGAUGGGACAGUGUAGAGUGAGCUUCACUCUGUGUCUGACCCGUGCCCUGGGAGUGUGUGAUGGGACAGUGUGGAGGGAGCUUCACUCUGUGUUUGACCCGUGUCCUGGGAGUGUGUGAUGAGACAGUGUAGAGGGAGCUUCACUCUGUGUCUGACCCGUGCCCUGGGAGUGUGUGAUGGGACAGUGUAGAGGGAACUUCACUCUGUGUCUGACUCCUGGUGAGUUUCUGAGGGGUGGGAUGGGUUGGAGUGGUAUUACCAUUUUAUAUAUGUGGGUGUUGCAGGGUGUUUUCCGUCCCCUCUGUGAGCGGUGAGAUGUGUUUUCACUGAUAUCCUGUUCAGCAUUAUGUUCUCUCCACUCACAAAAAAACUUUUCCUGUCACUGGACAUUAAUAAAAUGGUCCUUUUCUCUUGUCA